GGUAGUGAAUGGCGGGACAGUUGCCAGAUAAAUACAUGGAUCAGCUGGAGUCCUGGAUUGUCACGGGACCCAAGAUAUUCACCAUGCUCUACAAGAUAACGCUACAGCAUUCCAGCAGAAGUUUGACAACCAGGGACCGACUGUGACGGUGCUGUACAACAAACAGGACUCCGUGUACGGUGGUUAUGGGAGUUUGAGCUGGAACAGUAGUAAUGCUUGGAUUACAGAAGCAAAUGCCUUCCUGUUUCAACUAAAGUAUUCAGGCAGCGAUAAACACAAGUUUCAAAUUAAGAAUUCUACAUAUGGAAUGUAUGGACAUUCUACAUGUGGACCUACUUUUGGUGGCGGGAACGAUCUCUACACCUUCAGUAGCGCAGUCAACAGCUCAGGUGGCAAUUUCAUAGUUUUGGACACUCCUUCAACAACCAAGAUCUUACUUCUGACAAAGUAAACAAUGGAAACAUGCAAGUCACCGAGUUAGAAGUUUACUGUGUAACAGACGGUCAGCGGAAAAAUUCACAACCACAUCCAUCACAACCACCACACCCACCACAACAACCACAACCCUGGAGAAAAACUCCCGAAUGGACUGAAAAGUAUCUUAAGACGCUUACCGAGGACAUCGUAUCGUUCAAACCCUCCUGCGAGUUGGGACUGUCGGAUAUCCGUAUCCUAAUGCUGGGUACAGUGGGGACGGGCAAGUCCAGCUUCUACAACACCAUCAACUCAGCGUUCAAGGGUCGUAUCUCACAUAAUGCCCCGUGUGGGGUCGCUUCUAAUGGCAUAACAAUUGCGGUAUGGCAUCAGUGUAAAAUGUGAGAAAAAUAUUUGUUACCGACUGCGACUGAUUGGACAGUAUUUAAACAAUGAUUCAUCUACCAAUAGUAAAAAAUCCGAUAAACCAGGCAAUUCUAAGAUGUUAAGGAAACAUCGGAAGUUAAAUGAAGAAUAUAUAAUCAUGUAUUUUUUUUUAAUUUUCCAGCGCAUUAGACAACAUUUGAACAUAAUAUAUGCCAAAGGUAUUUUAGUUUCAG